GUUCCCAGUUUCCAGCGGCGGAUCACAUGUUCUUGAAUCGGAAAAGUCGUAUGAACAAUUAAGUGAGUAGUCGUCAGGUAGCAUACCUUUGAAGGCGGGAGACAAGUGUUGUGCAACCACCCAGCUGAUGACGGGGCAUUUUCACUGCCUCUGCACUUCGCAUUUGCCGUUUUGCAGGCGAGAGAUUUAACCUGCAACCACCAACCCGAUCGAUCGAUCGAUCUGCAGGUUUGCUUGCAUCUGAAAAAUGUCCUCUUCUAGUGAUCGAUGGCGGAGCAGCCACCGCCGCCACCUCCAUCUCCUCCUCCGGCGCCGACGACUGUGCCGGCGGCUCCUCCGCGUGUGCCUGUUUGUUCAUGUGGAUCUGCAGAGGUUGGCCGGGUUUGAGCAGUUGGACGCUCGCAUCAAGGAGCUGACCUCGUCGCAGGGGCAGUUGCUGGACAAGAUCCAGAAGCUCAAACUGGAGGUGCAGAACUGGCGCUCCAAUCUCGAGACACAGGUCAAAACAAGCCAGAAUGAACUUCUGGAGCUGAAGAAGGGGCUCAAUUCUGAAGUAGAGCUGCUGAAAUCGGAAAUGAAGGAAAUCAAGUCUGCAAUCCAGGAAGAGAGGACCAGCUUACAGACUCAGUUUGUAGAUACAGAGAAGAGCAACGAAGACACAAAUCAAGCCCAACAUCCCCAAGAACAAGUACAGGAGAUUGAUGCCGGUGUCUAUACAGAAGAACAAGCUGAAAUGGAAGCAUGAGUUGGUGCUCUACACAGAUAUGGUUGUGCUGCUAGAUGUGGGGAUCCAUUCAAUGCAUUGCACAAAAAUGUUCAGUGUAUAAGGACUUGAAUUUCGGUAAAUACAUACACGCACUACAUGACAGGGAGGGGCCAAACUUGCACACUUGCGAGUUUCCUAGUGCAUGUUUGUAUAUCAGUACUGGCAAAUUGAAGUGCUGUUGUGACAAACAAGCAAUUUCCCUAGUACACUCACAAGAAUUACUUGAGUUGUAAUCAUUUCAUGUACUCUCUAUUUUGAAACUAGU